CACACACAAAAGGUUUUUUUCUGAGUCUCCAAUUAUAUCUCAACUUCUCUCUGUCUCUCCUUCUCUUCUUGAAACUGUCCUUUUGGGUUUCUAACUCUUCGUCUAAUCCUCUUCGUUUUGGAAUUCUCUCUGAAACCUACUACUCAGCAUUGGAAAACACUUGGCGGUUAAUCGAACGGUUAGGGCUGCUAUGCUUGGAUCCUGCGGUUAGGAUUGCGGGCGUUCAAACAAACCUGUUUCGUCUGUUCAUCAAUUGUUAAGAGGCAAAGGGUUAGUUCGUUUCAAUCUAUGCUUCAAACCCUUUUGUCUUCUUGUGUUUUUCUCUGAUUUCUGUUCUGUUAGACCCUAGUUUCGAGAAUUCUUGUCGUGGGCUUCCAUUAAAUUUUCCAUAUUUUUUGACCCAUUAAAUUCUUUUCUUGAUCAUAUUAUUGAUAUCUAGGGUUUUUCUGAUUCUAGGGUUUGCUGUUUCCCGGAGUUUACUUUAAUGGGUUUCAAUUGUUGGCCUAGUGACGUUUUGUUUUCUUCAUUAUCCGCUAAAGGGUAGGAUUUUUGUUUGUGGGAAUUUCGAUUCGAGAGUCGUUGCAGAGAUGAGGGUCUUCUGAAAGUUUCUAUUGGAGAUUGCAAAUCCAUCUGAAGCGUAGAGAAGCCCUUAUGGUUCUUUCUAAUAUUUUCUUCGUUGUUUCCAUUGUCAUUGCUUUACCUACCAUGUCAUUGUAAACAAGUAAAAAGAGCCUUUUUGAUUCGGGCUUUCACUUUGAUUGAAGUUGUACAAAGAGGACAAACCCUAGUUAUAGCUUUGAGGGUAUUAGUUUAUUGUUCAACUGAAGGUUGGAGUGUCAGAGUCUUGUACAGGAGCCUCUGGAUUCGUUUUAUUACCCUUAUAAUCCCUCUUGAGUGGAUUUAGACAGAAGUGAGGUUUCAAAAAUUUCUUUGAAUCGUUUAACGGGAUUAGAGUGAUCUUGUUGUGUUGGUUGCAACAACUGAAACGAGCUUCAUCUUCUGGGUAAUGGUGUUAGGCUGGAUUAAUUUGUGAAGGCAUAUCGUAUUGGGAUUUCCUUUUUAAAUUGUCUCUGAUCAUGUUCAACGUCCGUUAUGGAAAGAAGUGAGCCUACAUUAGUUCCAGAAUGGUUGAAGAGUACUGGAAGUUUAACUGGGAGUGGCAGUGCAGCCCACCAUCUUUCAUCUUCUUCCCCGCAUUCAGAUGAGCAUACUGUAACACUUCACGCGAGAAAUAGAUCUUCUGUGAGCAGUGUUGAAUACGAUUCUUCUCGUUCUACUUUUUUGGAUCGGUCCUCCUCAAACUAUUUUCGUAGGAGUUCAAGUAGUAAUGGUUCUAUACAUGACAAGGACACAUCUUCCUACUCACGGUCUUACAGUGGUUUUGCGAGGAGCCACCGUGACAGGGACUGGGAGAAGGAUCUCCUUGACUUCCAUGAUAAAGAUAGGUCAGUGUUGGGGGAUUACAGGGACCGAGACUAUUUCGAUCCUUUGGGAAACAUACAUACAAGUAGGAUUGAGAAGGAUACUUUAAGGCGUUCACAGUCAAUAUCAGGAAAACAGUCAAUAUCAGGAAAAAGAGGCGACAGCUGGCCCAGAAGAGUAGCAGCUGACUCUAACAAUGGCAACAGCAACAGUAACAAUCACAGCAACAGCAAUGGUUUGUUAGGUGGGUCUGCUAUUGUGAGCAGCAUUCACAAGGCUGCAUUUGAAAGGGACUUCCCCUCCCUUGGAGCUGAAGAAAGACAAGCAGGACCUGAUAUAGGAAGGGUCUCCUCCCCCGGUUUGAGCACAGCUGUUCAGAGCUUGCCAAUAGGUGCUUCAGCUGUGAUUGGAGGUGAGGGCUGGACGUCAGCACUAGCAGAGGUGCCUGUGAUCAUUGGAAGCAAUAGCAUGGGACUCUCAUCAGUUCAACAAAGUGUGCCUGCAACUUCAUCCUCUGUGGUAUCAAGCACAUCAACUGGCCUCAACAUGGCUGAAACAUUGGCACAAGCUCCUUCACGAGCUCGUGCUGCUCCCCAGUUAUCUGUUGAGACGCAGAGGCUUGAGGAGCUUGCUAUAAAACAAUCAAGGCAGUUAAUUCCUAUGACGCCUUCAAUGCCUAAAGCUUUGGUACUCGGUCCUUCAGAGAAACCAAAACCCAAAACAUCAACAGCAAGGACUGGGGAGUCGAGCAUGGGUACAAAGACUGGGCAGCAGCAGGUCCCAUCUUCACACCUUGUUAAUCACUCUCUACGUGGUGGAGCUGUGAGAUCUGAUGUUCCGAAGACAUCUCAUGGUGGAAAACUUCUUGUACUCAAAGCACCUCGAGAGAAGAAUGGUGUCUCACCAACUGCCAAGGAUGGCUUGAGUCCAACAAAUGCCAGCAGAGUAGUAAAUAAUCCACUUGCUAUUGCUCCAUCAGUUGCAUUAGCUUCUCCAUUGAGGAGUCCCAGCAACCCAAAACUUGGUACUGCUGAGCGCAAGGUACCUGCUUUGUCUGUUAUUCAUGGACCCACUGUGGAGAAGAGACCUACAACUUCCCAAGCACAGAGCCGAAAUGAUUUCUUCAAUCUCAUGAGGAAAAAAACUUCGACGAACCUUUCUUCAACUGUCCCAGAUCCGAGCCCUUCUGUUUCUUCAUCUAUCUUAGAGAAGUCGUAUGAUCUGGUCAGAGAGACUGCUACUACUCUAGUUAGCCCUUGGUGUAGUGAUGCGGCUUCAUCAGAUCCCUCUGCUCUGGAGUGGUCAUCUGAGAAUGGGGGAGACAUGACCCACAAUGGUUGUGCUUCUGAGGAGUCUCACAUAUCUUCUAACAAAGAAAACAAACAUUCUGUUCCCGAUGAAGUUGUUCAUCCAGAUGAGGAAGAGGCUGCCUUUCUACGUUCACUUGGAUGGGAGGAAAAUGCAGGAGAGGAGGAAGGUCUUACAGAGGAGGAGAUAAAUGCUUUUUACAAAGAGUAUAUGAAAUUGAGGCCAUCCUCAAAACUGUGCCGGGGCAUGCAGCCAAAGCUGGGGUCUAAUGUGGGCAGUUUGGAAGGUGCUUCCCCUGGACUGAGCUCUUCUGACUCUGAAACUGAAGCAUGAGUGGCUGACGGGUCCUUCACAUAGAGGCAGAGACACAAAAGUUUCAUUUUGCAUAUUUUGCUGGCAGAGGGUUCGUUCUUUCGUUCUUUUUCUUUAUGGUUUUUUGAUUAAUAUUAAGGUGGCAAGCCAAGAAGCUGAAGGGAUUCAAAAGAAGAGAUUGAGAGGGAAUUAGGUGGGAUUUUUCUACCCUGGCCAUUUGCAAAGAAAGUGGAAAGUGCAAUAAGUUACAUAUGUUUCCUUUGUUGAGGAA